AUGGAUGGCGUGGCUUGGAGAGGAUUGGGAUUUACAAUUUUUAUAUUUCAUUUUGUUUUUGUUUGUCAUUUCUUACUUCUCCAACCUCUUGUUUCUGCUUCAGAUACGAAAGCUGGAAAUGCCGCGGAGUUGUUUGAAAAGGCUUCUCAAAGUAUAAAACUUAAGCGUUACAGUGAUGCACUUGAUGACCUUAAUGCUGCCAUUGAGGCAGAUCCCUCUCUUUCUGGAGCUUAUCUUCGUCGUGCCUCCAUUCUUCGUCAGUUAUGCAGAUAUGAUGAAUCUGAAAUGAGUUACAAAAAGUUUCUGGAGCUAAAACCUGGACAUUCUACUGCGGAGAAGGAACUUUCUCAAUUGCAUCAGGCUCAGAGUGCAUUGGAUACUGCUUUGACUCUCUUGGAUUCAGGGGAUUAUGCAAAAUCUCUGGAAUAUGUAGAUAAAAUUGUCCUUGUUUUUUCUCCAGCAUGCUCAGAGGCCAAACUCCUCAGAGUAAAGUUGUUGUUAGCACUUAAAGACUACUCUGCUGUCAUCUCCGAGUCUGGGUAUAUUCUCAAGGAAGAUGAAAAUAAUCUGGAGGCACUACUGCUUCGUGGCCGUGCCUACUACUAUUUAGCAGAUCAUGAUGUUGCAUCCAAGCAUUACCAAAAGGGUCUCCGUCUUGAUCCAGAGCACAGUGCACUGAAGAAGGCAUAUUUUGGAUUGAAAAAUUUACUCAAGAAAACUAAAAGUGCAGAAGAUAAUGCAAGCAAGGGUAAACUACGUGUUGCAGUAGAGGAUUAUAAAGCUGCACUCGCACUGGACCCUGAUCACCUUGCACACAAUGUAGAUCUUCAUCUAGGCUUAUGUAAGGUCUUGGUUAAGCUUGGCAGGGGUAAGGAUGCUUUAACUAGUUGCAAUGAAGCGCUCGAUAUUGAUGAGGAGCUUCUUGAAGCUUUAGUCCAGAGAGGUGAAGCUAAACUCAUAGUGGAGGACUGGGAAGGAGCAGUUGAAGAUCUGAAAUCAGCAGCUCAAAAAUCACCUCAGGAUAUGAGUAUCCGGGAAGCCUUGAUGAAGGCAGAGAAGGCUUUGAAGAUGAGUAAGCGCCACGAUUGGUACAAAAUAUUGGGAGUUUCAAAGACUGCAUCUGUAUCUGAGAUCAAACGUGCCUAUAAAAAGCUUGCUUUGCAGUGGCAUCCGGAUAAGAAUGUUGAAAAUAGAGAAGAAGCAGAGGCCAAGUUCCGAGAUAUUGCGGCUGCAUACGAGGUUCUUGCAGAUGAGGAUAAGCGUGCAAGAUAUGAUAGAGGAGAAGACAUAGAAGACAUGGGUAUGGGUGGAGGUGGUGGUGGCGGUUUCAACCCAUUCGGCGGUGGUGGACAGCAAUUUUCAUUUCAUUUUGAUGGAGGCUUUCCUGGGGGUGGGGGUGGAUUUGACGGAGGCUUUCCUGGUGGUUUUCAAUUCCAUUUUUGA